AUGCAUUCGGCGAAGUCCACCAUAACCUUAUUAUUUUAUGAAGUUCUUGAAUAUCACCACAUUCCCGAUCACAUAAAGAAUCUUGUCAGUAGCCUUUACACAGAUUUCCAAACUUCCAUAAUAACUGAACAGUUCAAUACUUCCUUCAUUACAGUCGGUCGUGGCGUCCUUCAAGUCGAUUGUCUCAGUCCUCUUUUAUUCAACAUGUCUUUCAAUACCUUUAUCCAACAUAUUAAAACGGAAAAAUACCGUCAACUUGGAUUUUAGAAAUCCAGCGAAAACGGCAUCCCAUUAAAUCCUAUUCAUUGGUUCCAGUUUGCAGACAACGCGGCUGUUGUUAGCGGUCAAGAAAAAGAAAACCAAAUGCUCCUCAAUCGCUUUACAAUCUGGUGUCAGUGGGCUCAAAUGAUAAUACGUGUAGACAAAUGUUCAACAUUUGGCAUUAGGAAACAAUUAUCUAAAUCCAUUCAAUAUCUCCCAAAACUGUUUAUAAAUAACUGUCUUGUACCACGUGUUGAACUUGGUAAAUCAUUUCGCUACUUAGGUCGCUAUUUUGAUAUCAACAUGUCUGACGAAGAUCACAAAUCUGAAGUAUAUGACACACUUACUAAUAUCCUGAAUGAAAUUGAUGAUCUACCAUUACAUCCGAAAAACAAAAUUCUCUUAUACAGUCGUUAUGUGCUUUCCAAAAUCUCUUGGCACUUCACUGUUUCGACAUAG